AUGCAUAAAAAAAGACAGGGUCUAACUGUUUCUCUAGUCGUCUUGUGGCCGAUCUUAAUGUGUAUUCUACCGUUCCAAUCCCAGCGAAAUGUUUUAGCUGCUCUGUUUAUGGGAGAAUCAUAUGAUCAUCAUACAGCUGAUGUUAGAGAGAUGGCAGAUCAACCAGUAUUUUUAGGAGGAGGUAAAUGUUUACCACCAGGGUUAGAAUCAGAAAAUGUUAAUUGGAUGGAACAACCAAUUAUUGAAAAUACAGUACAAGAAGAUUAUGGAGAAGAAUAUAAAUCAAUUGAAUUAUUACGUAAAGAACUUGAUAACAUUAAAAAAUCACUUACAUCAAUAUUAGCACCAGUUGAAUCAAUUUAUAGAAAUCAAGAAAGACUCCUUACAUUGACCAAUGAUCAAGACAAGGCAGCAACAGAAAAAUUGAUAAAAGAUAGUGAGAACAAGCGUGAUCAAGUGAUUGAACAAUUGGAAAAGAAUUUACCAAUGUUUGAUAAACAUCCAGAAUAUGUAUCAUAUAAACAAGGUGUCCAAGAAGCUAUUGCUUUGAGCAAGACACGUUUCAACAACAAAGAAGAACAUUUCAACUUUGGAAAUGCUUGUAAAAAAACUACUACCAACAUUUUCCGUGAUCAAAAGAAUUUAUUAGAGAAAAUGAAAUUAAUUAAAAAGACCAAAGCAGCAGCAGAAAAUAAAUAA